AUUGUGCUGCCCUGCGAAUAUACGGCAUAGUCGGUAUUUUUAGGACGGCCGUCUUCAUGUGUUUCUGUUGCGUUGAAGCCACACAAUAGAGGAAGAUAAAACUUUUUUGUCCAUUCAUUUCCAGACCCACACUUUCACUAAGAAUCACUACUCUUCCCCCCGUCCUAAACGUAUAUAUAUUUUCUCGCUCGCUACAGCACUACUUGAUCUUCGGCCCCGUUCCUCUUCCUCUUUUUGACUUUUACAACUUUCCGCAACAUUUACAACCACCCAUCUACAUCGAAACUACGCCACGACUCGCUUAAAAAUUCCAAUACUUCCCGCUCCUCAUCAUGGGAAAGAUCGACGCCCAGCCGGGCGACGGUGCCCCGGAAGUUUUCCGCGUGAAGAAGCCGGAGAAGCAGAUUGCGUUGAAGGUGGUGAAAACGACGCAAAAUAACUUCAUGGACGCGAUCAAGAAGUCCAACGCGAGCGGAAAAGUGCCCUUUGUGGUGGACCUCGGUGGCGCUAUGCGGGUCAACUUCACCUACCACGGCUACGACACGGUCUGCGACGUGGGCGCGAUGGUGGCCGCCAACACGGGCGAGCGGGUCCCCGGGAAGGACAUUGGGGAGCAGAUGCGCAGGAAAUACAUCGAGGGCGUGCAGAAGAUCGGGUACACGGUAUACCUGUUGGGGCAGAACUUUCCGCCGCAGCACAUGUGGGAAAGCUUCUGCAUGGUGAACGGUGGGAACUUUGACCAGCAGCGCAUUUUUGACAGGGUACUCACUGAUUCUUUCGUUUGAUGUUUCUAUUUUUCGGGAAGUAGAAGAUCUAUCUUGCUUCUCUCGGUUUCUUCGUUUUUGAUCUCUCAUCUUCGCACCUACGGGUAAAGAUCUUCCGAUUCCACUCUUGCCUAAAUCACGAACACGAACCGUCAUAUUUUUGCGAAAUACAAUCGCGUUGGUCAAUUGAAAUUCAUUGAAAAAGAAAAACAAAUCAAAACUACACAGAACCUUAACCGCACCCCCGCCUGCGUCGCUGCCAACACCAAGCCAACCGACACUGCGACCGACGGCAAAGGCAACCCAACGCCGGACGCGAAGAUUGUACCCAACCCGCAAAGCGGGCAGGUUGUGCUGGUAACGGCGAAGCUAAGAGCGGACAUUCCGCGGUUGUUUCAGUGCGCGCACGACGCUUUCGGGGACAUGCUGGACAGCGGGAAAAUGGAAUUGAUGGUGGUCACCACGUCGGCGUUUUCGUUUGAUUAGACGUUAAAUUGUCUCAGUACUUACUAUCCAUGUACUUAGUUUCCGGUGCCAAAUGUUCCACAAAGCAAGAAACAUCUAUGAGCGCAAUCGUUAUCGUACGUAGCCGUAAGUAAGCACUUCCAAUAGAUUACUGGAAAAUCUUCCUAGAACACAGAGCACAUGAAUUCAGGAAUUCGAAUUUUGUUUUCAAAGUAAGUAAUACCAUAACAAGCAUCUUCUUGUGUAGUACCCCUAACACGCACAUUUGUGUCACUUUCUUCUUGCUGUCUGCAAUGCUUGCAAACUGAAAAAGUGUAUGAACGAUCCAUCAUAAGCAGCGCGCACGCAGAGUUGAAGCAAGAAGUCGCGAGGAGUCAUCAGCUUCGAUUUGACACUGGUAUGAGGCAUGUGUCCCGUCCACCGUUGUGGAAUAUUUUUUGUUCCGGAAGUAGAUGAAACGUAGCAUAUUAAUGUGGACUUCAUCGUCAUGUUCGUCGGGCUCAGGAUGGGUGUUGAUUGUCGUGGGCAUCGAAGUUGAGUGAAAGAAAAGCAAAGUUGACAACUUCCAAAACUACCACAAUUUGCUUCACAUGCUCGUGCAAAUCGUUUUCAGUAUCGCUAUCGUGAGGGAAAUGGAGGAACCGAAGAGGCCGCUGUUGUACCAGAGACAAAACGUCGCACGCACCAGAG